GUACCCGGAUCAACCAACUGCUUGUCUGGCAGGGCAGCUCGUAUCUGUGAUGGCGGAGUAAUGGAAAUUAUUGUGGAUAAGCCCUCGAAAACUGACGAUUUUUUAGAAAGUUGGUGAUUUUUUUGUUAAGUGGUGGUACAAUGUCAGCCACACGUGAAGGCUCAGGGGCUACUGAGUCCCAUCAUUUCCAGUACGUAGGGCCCUACAGGCUAGAAAAGACAUUAGGCAAGGGGCAAACAGGUUGAACGAGAAAUUGCCAUCAUGAAGCUGAUUGAGCAUCCACAUGUACUAGGGCUGUACGACGUGUACGAGAAUAAAAAAUAUUUAUACCUUAUCCUUGAACACGUGUCUGGAGGGGAACUAUUUGAUUACCUUGUGAAGAAAGGACGGCUAACUCCAAAAGAGGCGCGGAGGUUUUUUCGACAAAUUAUAUCCGCCCUAGAUUUCUGCCACAGCCAUUGCAUAUGUCAUCGUGAUCUAAAACCUGAGAAUCUACUCCUGGAUGAGAAAAAUAAUAUUCGUAUUGCAGACUUUGGUAUGGCGUCUUUACAAGUUGAAGGAUCGAUGUUAGAGACAUCCUGUGGUUCACCUCACUACGCAUGCCCUGAAGUAAUCCGAGGUGAAAAGUAUGAUGGAAGACGAGCAGAUGUGUGGAGCUGUGGAGUGAUACUGUAUGCUUUACUUGUGGGUGCCUUACCGUUUGACGAUGAUAAUCUUCGCCAGCUUCUAGAAAAGGUGAAACGAGGAGUGUUCCAUAUUCCCCACUUUGUACCUCCAGAGUGCCAGGACCUUCUUAGAGGAAUGAUUGAAGUAAAUCCCGAAAAGAGAAUGAAGUUGGCUGACGUCCUUAGGCACCCUUGGACAAUGGCGGGAAGUAAGACCGAUCUGGAUCAGGAAUUACCCAUGAGAGAGGUAGUUCAGACUCAUAUUAUUCCAUCAUUUGAUGAUCUGGACCCGGAUGUACUAGCCAGUAUGACGUCAUUAGGGUGUUUCAAAGAUAAGGAGAAAUUACUUCAGGAACUUCUCAGUGAGAGUCAUAACACGGAAAAGGUUAUAUACUUCUUGCUGCUAGACCGAAAAAGGCGGAAGCCAGCUUAUGAAGACGAAACUGAAAUAAUCAUCAGAAACCGUUCAGAGUCAGGUAUAUCUGAUCCCCCGAGAAAAAGGGUAGAUACCUGCCAAGUAAAUGGACGGUCAGGACCUAGAUACUCUUUUGAUAUGUUAAGUGACGGGUCUCCUUUAACUUCUAGACGGUUUCCUCAUAGCCGUUCUAGAAGAGGAAGUUCUACUGGAAGUUUGCACGCCAGUAGUCCUAGCGCCUCACCCCUGAGCUCCCCUAAACCCACCCCAAGAGGAACACCCGAUGAAAGUCCCCUAAACACCCCUCCUGGAUCUCCCAGCCUCAGUCAGCCCUACUGGAAAUCUCGACUCAACACUAUCAAGAACAGUUUUCUCGGCAGUCCGCGCUUCCACAGAAGGAAACUUCAGACUCCGUCAGGUUCCGAUGAAAUGGGCCCCGAUUCUUCUCCAGAGUUAACCAAGAAAUCGUGGUUUGGAAGCCUUAUGGGCGGUGACAGAGAAGAAACACACGUGAUUCUCGUCAAAGACAGGCCUCUAAGCACAGUGAAAGCAGAUUUAAUUCACGCAUUCUUAUCGAUAGCCGAUCUCAGUCACAGCGUCGUGUCGCCAAUGUCUUUUCGAGUGGAGUAUAAAAGGCCAGGAGGCACUUCCAUGUUCCAGCGGAACGUGCGCUUCCACGUGGACAUAACGAAAGUCCAGGCAGCCGGGACACAAGACUCCACUGGAACCUCAGACAGAGCCAGUGAAAAACCAUCAGUCUACUGUAUCAGCUUUACCUUGAUAGCAGGCCCUAUUCGAAGAUUCAAGCGAAUGUGCGAACACAUCCAGACCCAAAUUCUUGGACGCCGUCCAAACCAUUCUCCUCGUAUCUGUCGAAGACCCACGGCAGAACUUAGCGACAGUUCCUCGUGCGGUUCCGAGAGUCUGUCUCCUACACCCACCCGGACCCAGGUAAGUGAUGACAUGGCUGUCACCAUGGCAACUUCGACCGGAACAUCUGUUAUUAUGGCUCGGUGUAAAUCAGACCAAGAUGCUACGGCGGACAUUUUCGAACGCGAAGCACGAGCAUCGAGCCAGCGGCGUGGAAUGACCAAUGGUAGGCGAAUGAGUUAUGAUAACAAGAUGGGUAAAGACACUGUGUGAGUUUGUUGAGAAAGAAACAAAUUUCGGUCAUGUGACAGACCAUCUGAACCUAAUACUGAAUUCAAUAAGAGUCUCAGUUGUUGCAGGAUUCAAACAAUUGUGAGCCAAGUUCAGAUUUCGCCGGGAAAAAUUUCAUUUCUCGAGCGUUAUCUCCUUUCUUGGACUUGUAACAUCGUGCUUGCAUUCGUCAUGUGGUAGCUUCCUAUAUACUGCAAUUACCCUGUCUAGUGAACAGAACUCUUGGAUUAGAUUCUAACCACUGUCUUGUAGUUUUCUGAAGGAAGUGUCGUGGACCAGUAGGAACAGUUAUCCUGAUGAUCAGUUUCAAAUCUGGCUGCUGAACCGUGGAGAAGCAGAAGCAACUAUAAGAUUUCGUCACCUGAACAGGAAACGUAAUUUAAAACUGUAAUAUGAUCAACUGAAUCAUUAGCUGUUGUUAUAAGAAGGCACGAGUACAUAGCAGUUUCGUUGGUGUGAUCAUUUCCUGAACAAUCAGUGUAGGUAUGAUAUUUUUUUAUUUUUACAAGCUCCCUUCAUUAGAUUCUGAUCCCCCCCCCCCCAUCUUUGCGUAUUCUGUAAUACAUGCCCAGGUGAUAGAUAAAGUUAGUGAAUCCAGUUUAAAACCGACAAGAUAAUUUACUUUUGGUCUUUCCACUUCAGUAAAUCAGUAGAAAAACGACACUGUUUUAAAAAGUUUUUGUGACUUGAUAAGCUGAGACUGAGAAGCUAUACUAUAAGAUGACGGGAAUAUAUGUGUAUAUAUAUAUAUAUAUAUGUGCUUGCGUUUAGAUAAAAAGAAUUAUGCAAUUGUAACUAUCUGACGUCGGUAGAUAUAUUUAUAUAUAUAUAUAUAUACUCGUAAUUUACACUAUUUAGAAAAAGUUAAUUUUUUAUUCAAUAUCAGUUAAAUAUUAGUAUCUUAGAAUCAUCAUGCGUCGGUUAUAGUUAUAUUGAGUAAAUAUUUGCAGAGGCCUUUAUCUGUGUAGCAUAGAGGACAGUUUGAACGGAGUAUAUAUAUAUCGGUUUUGGAAGAAUUAAUUCACUAUUCUUUGUUGAUUUAAAUAUAAAUCUGAAUCUCAACUUGUACAUUAACCACGUACAUGUUGAGAUUAGCUUAAAUUGCCUCUUAAUAAUUAAAGUUUGGAACAGACAGCUCGUUUUUUAAUACAACACGCUAUUUUUAACUCUGAUUUUUUAUGGCUUUGUAUGCUUUAGCUUGAAACAAAGCCUAAUUCUACAAAUGAAUGGGUUGUUCCAUUAUUUUCGAUCUUCAGGAGAGGAAUUAUCGCUACGAUCUGCUAGUCAUAAUAUCGUGUUAAAAAAGAAUAUUUUGCUUCAUAAGCAUUUGUGGCUAAUGGUUGGUUAACAACAUAUGUGUAGUACUACAUUCUCAGCAAACUUUCCAGCUGUUGAAUCCUCGUUGGUCGAAAGGGUAAAUGACCGCAUGUUACUCUUGUUUAAUGAAUUAGAAGGAAAUAAGACAUUGUCUUCAUUAGGCUUAUGAUACCAGUGAAUAAGUAUUAAUGCGUUGUUAUUGUUCUGCACAUCCGACAGAAGAACUGUGCUUUGUGUGUGUGUGUUUUUGAUUUGAUUUGAUUUUUUUUUUAAUAAUUGAUGUACGGGCUAGAUUGCAUUUUAAAAGUAAUAUAAAUCUUUUCAAAAUGAUUGUUUGUCAUAUCAUGCAGACACACUUACAUAAUUAGUACUCAGCUUAGGUUCGAAACUUUGAACUUUACAGCAGCUUUUAGAGUCAUCGAUCCGAAUUUCUUUCAACAUAUUUCCUGUCUAGUUUACCCUUGUCAUUUCAUCACUGCACUCUGGAAAGUAACAAACAUCAGUAUAUAGAGAACAUGAUAAUGAAACAUACUUAAUAAUAUAUUUAAGAUUUUAACUUAUUUAUCCUAAUAAGGUUACUCACAAAAUAGACUUCUUGUUUUUCAGUGAUGAACAGUCAGUGGUCUGUGUCCUGUUUGUUCCGCAUUAUUACUAGAGAAAACAAAAGAGCUGGUUUGGUGUGAAGAGAACUGUUGAUUGUGUGUCAGUUGUUAAGUUUUUGACUCGUUUCAAAUCCUUAUUCAAGUUUAAAGAAAUCAUUUAGAAUACGCUAAUCAAAAUGGGAUAGAAAAUAAAUUUACCAUAAUUGUUAUCUUCAUUAUCACAAUAAGUGGGAGUGGCAUUAGCAACGACAGUAAUAUGACAAAAAAAUAUCCAUGUUAUCCAAUCUUUCCAAUUAAUACUUGAAAAAGAAAUCAAUACAACAACAGUUAAUUUACUGACAAUCAAACUAUGCUGUUAAAUUUGAAUUAUUAUACAUAGUUAAAAAUCCAUUAAAUUGUCCCAUCUUUCAGAAUUUUUGUUCAGUAUGUGUGUAUUUAAUAUCAGAUACUUUCGUUUACUGACAUAUUAUACUGAUAUUUUCGUACUCUCCUCACUCGCAUCAUUUUCGUAUCACGGAAAUCUAACAAAGCUCCCUUCCUUUUCUUCAAUAUUUUUUAUAUAUAAAUUGAUGUGUAAAAUGCGAUAAUUUAAAAUCAGUUUCUUUUUUUCUCAUAAAACGACCAUCUUUAAAAGACACCUGUUCAGGACUAGUAUUUCCACACUCCCACGGCUGUUCCGGUUGGUCAGGCGUAGGUUUAUGGAUUUACAACGCCAAACUCGAGGGUUCGAUUCCCCGUGAUGAGCAGAGUGCAGAUAACCCAUUGUUUAGCUUGACGCUGAAACAAACACACUCUAUACGUUUAUAAUAGAGCUGUCGGAAAAAUGCAGUUAGACUAUAUUCAAACUAAGGUGUUACUUUAUGUAAAAGAAAGAGAGGUGAGACAGGUAAAAGUGAUAAUUCGGAACGUUCUCAAUAAAAGUCCAAAUCCCUAGGUGUUGUGUGCAUCCUAUCAACAGGCAGAAAAGAGAACAAACGUCCAGCACACUCAGUAAACACAGGGUACUAUGAAUGUUUGGAAACUGUAUUGAGAUUUAUGCUUGUCUUGUUGUUGUUGUUUUUUUUGAGUGAAUUUAAGAAAUCAUUUUGCAGACUUAACUAAAGUAUUUGAAAUUGAAAUUAAUUUCGUGGCAACCAGGUCAGCUUGUCUCAAAUAAACUGAUAAAUUUUGUUAAACUGUGGCAAAGGUAAAGUGGGAUUUUUGUGUAGUAUAAUUCAUGAUUUAAAAUGACCAAUGCAAUUAUAUCAGUAUUGUUACUGAGAGAAAAACCCUUAAAAAACGGCAUACAUUACAAUGCUUAAGGUACAAGCUUAUGUAUGGACAAACGAGCACGUAACUAUAUUAAAAUCAGGUUGCAUACCGCAGUGAGCUUGAACUUUUACAUUAUCUUACAAAAAAAUUUUUAACAUUCUCAUGACUUUCGAAGCUCACUGUCAUUCAGUGCGUCACCUACCUUAGACCUUUCACGGAAGAUUAUAAUUACAAACGCAUAUCUUAAAAAAAUAAUUUCUCUUUUAAAACAACAAAAUAUUCUCAUUCAACACCUAAAUAAUUAAACAAUUAUUUCUAAAGCAUAUAAAACCUUUUUUCUCAAAAUUUAGCUAAAUCUUUCUUGCUCUGCAAAUGAUUUUGGGUAUCACACUGUGAUAUAUAUACUAAACACACACAGUUAAUGUAUACAUACAAAAAGUUUCAAGUCGUUCAACAUCGUCUUAAUGUGCUUCAGUGCGUUACUCUGUUUGUGUUGAGCUGAAGGUUUCUCUGAAGAAUAACGAAGCAGACUAAUAUUAGGUGAAGUAAAAAUACUUGUAUUGACACAUUUUGCUAACGUUUGGUCCUUUUUAGUGUUUAUUUAUUAUAAUCAUAUUAUGUUGUGUACUGUUUUCUGAGCACAAUUUGUGUUUGUAGUUUAUGUUUCUAAUGUUGUAGUUUUUUUUUAUUUUUUGCUUAUUUCGGUGUAAUUGUUUGUGCAGUUACUAAUGAUGUAUAAAUUCCAAUUAUCUUGUAAUAAUCUACAGUUUUUAGAGCUUUUGUAUUUUUCAGUAAAUUUCAUGGAGCUAAUAUUUACGAUUGUAAGUUGAUCCGUCACACAGUUUUUAAAACUGUGUUCAAUAAUAAUAACAAUAAAUAAUACAAAUCUGUUCCCUUCUAAAUCAAAGUAUUAAAUGAUGUUCAGGCAAACAUAAACGUUAAAAUAAACUAUGUGAUCCUUGUGAUUGUGUAGUGUCUAGAAAUAUAUAGUUGUAGACUUACCGCCCCCCCCCCAGUGGCACAGCGGUAUGUAUGCGGACUUACAACGCUAGAAACCGGGUUUCGAUACCCGUGGUGGGCAGAGCACAGAUAACCCAUUGUGUAGCUUUGUGUUUAAUUACAAACACACAAACAAGUUGUAGACUUUUUAGAAAUGGAGCUUGUGUCGUAACAAAAGCUGCUUCAGUUUCAACUUAGAAAGAGAAAUAUAAUUACCGAGGCGCGUGAUUAAGUUCAGACCUGCUUAAAAAUGCAUUCAAAACUGAAUUUAUUUCUCCUGAAAACUUUAAAAAAACAACAUCUGAAUGAACUUCAAAUUGGACCCGUCUGUGAAUUCCAUGACAAAAUACAUGGCCAUUACAUUUCAUGUUGCCAUAUGUUCCGCAGACAUCAAUCAAUUUCUUGCCUUUCAAGAUUCAGCAAGUUUCAUAAUAGAAGUUUGCUUCGCAAAGUUUAUUAACAUAUACAAUAAAUAAUGAUAUAAAUUAUAAAAGAAUACAACGUCUCUUUCAGGUGGUACUUUAUUCUUAAAUUCCAGUUCGUAGUGCAGUCUUAGUGAAAGUGUGUUCGAGUUCAAAGUUGUUCAUUUUAGGAACAUAACUUGUGGUGCUGAGUGCAUAUAUCUAAUAGAAGAGACCUUGUAAUAUUUGUUUCUGGGUGAUUAGAAAUGACCGAUGGUUGAAAAGUAAAGAAAUAACAGGCACGUGCUCUUUGCUUGUCCUGAAUAUCUUUAACGUAGAUCUUCGAAUUGUCAUUUGUUUGAAAUUUGUAAUAUUCAUUGGAGAAAACUCUUAGCAAGAGCUAAGUCUACCCUAUUAACUAACUUCAAUUCUACAAUUUUUAUAGUUUACAAAAAAAAUUCUCCUUUCACUUUCUUUAAGAAUCGUGAAAGACAAAAAUGUCUCCUGCUUUACUUCGAAAAUAAUAACUAUAAAUGUUUGAACUUUUAUUAAAACACGCAGUUCUACACAAUAUAUCAAGUCAAAUAGAUUUCGUUAUGGUUUAUCAGGUUCACAGAUGUCUAACCCUCUAUGUAAGGCUACUUUUGUUGUUAUGAUAAAAAACAUCACGGGCAUCACAAAAGAAGGAUAUAAAGGGAUUGCCAUAGUGAUACAGAGACACGGAACAUUACAUUUAUCAGUAUCUUAAAAUAAUCUUGAUUCAACAUCUGGAGUAGGUAUGGGCUUGUAAUCUUUGUAUAUUUUUGUUCAAGAAAGCUGAGCUUCAUAAAUGUUAUUCGAAAUAUGUUAUGUACAGUGUAUAAAAUAGAAUGAUGUACAUUUAGUGCUGAUGGUGUUGUCAAACCUACCGUUUCUUAGGUAGAGUGAAGUAUAUGAGAUAUGGUUAUAAAUCACAUUCCAUCGGCA